UCAAUGAAUAAAUUUAAACAAUAAAUGUUCACAAAUAAUUUAAACCUUAAAAGGAAGUAAAAUAAUUGUUUUAAGGAAGUUUAAAAAAAUAAUUGCAUGCGUAUAAAAACUUAAUGAGAACAUUAAAGAUUCAUAAAGCGACGGUAAAAAAAGGAAGUUCUACAUUCUUGUGACAAUUAAGAAUUAAUUAAUUUACAUGGAAUAAUGUUAAUAUUUUAUCUAAAAUGAUGGCCAUAUUUAUGCCAACGGACUUUAAAAAUUUGAGCAUAAACAAUUUAAUUAAAUUACAAUAUCCAUCGCAUAUCCUGACUAAUGAGAGUUUAUUAAAACCAUAUUUUAACAUUGGCGUUGGAGAAUCCUCAAGUUCUUGCAUGUCAAAUGUUGUAAGGAGUAAUAACUUACCUAUAAUGAGCGAACUAAGUGAUCAAAAUAAUUUAAAAACACGAUUAUGUUCCGAAGACGAUAGUAAUAGUAACGAUAGUGAAUUAUCCGUUGGUCAAGAAAAAAUUGUGCAUAAUGAACAGUCGGAAUCAAAAAAUAAUAAUACUAAUAUAAAAAAUAAUAGCAAUAAUAAUAAUAAUUCAAAAGAAUCAAUUGAUUCGGAUGAUGAUGAUGAAGAAAUGAGCAAUGCGUCAUCAUCACAAUACACAACCAGCUCCACACGACUAUGUAGUCCGCAACAAAGUACUCGAGAGAUAGGCGAUAUGAUGAGACCGAUCCAAUUUCAUGAAGAGAUUCUGAGAAGUUCACAGCUUUACGCUGAAGAAAUUCUUCGUCAACGAAUUGCUGCCGCCGCACGCCUACAAAGUGCGACCGAUACAAAAAGUCACAAUAAUAAUAGCUUAGAUGAACCUGAGCCGUCGAUAAUAUCUAAAUUAAGUUUCCAAACUGGCUUAUUUGCGUCAACAAAAUUGACGACCGCUGAUAAUGGUAGCAAUGAAAAUGGAAAUAAUAUAUUUAGUGCCAAAAGUGCCAUAAAUUUUCAAAAUAUACAUUCACAUCUGAGUGCAAUAUCUCAAAUUACACAUAGUUUGGGCAGCAAUAUGAAAAAAGAUGAUACGACAAGUUUGAGCAGUUUAUCGAGAGAAAGCUCACAAUCGCCAUCGGGUUUUCAACAGUUUAAUAAACAACAACAUCAUCAUAAUAAUCUACACCAUCAUCAUAAUCAUCACCAUGCGACCCAUCAGAAUCAAUUACAUGAACAUAAUCUUAAAUUUAGUAUUGAUAAUAUUUUAAAGGCUGAUUUUGGUAGACGAAUCACAGAACCAUUAUUAUUGAAAACAUCGAGAUUAAAAAGAUCGUCAAAGCACCACCACCACCACCAACAACAACAACAUCAACAACAUGAAAAGGAAAAGAUCAAUAAUAGUUUUACUACCGUAGAUACAUUACAAAAAGAACCUCAUAAUAGCUCGGUGACAAAAGACAAAUCUUUAGAUCAAUCGUUUUCAUCAUCUACCGAAACAUCAUCGAAAAGUGAUGCUGGAACGAGUACCUCUCCGGGUGGAACUGUUUGGCCAGCUUGGGUAUUUUGCACACGAUAUUCUGAUAGACCUAGUUCAGGGCGAAGUCCAAGAGUUAAGAAGCCAAAAAAGCCACCCUCCGAAGUUGCUCCAAAAGACGAUGAGAAAAGACCACGCACAGCGUUCUCUGGUGCUCAAUUAGCACGACUUAAACACGAGUUCAACGAAAAUCGAUAUUUGACUGAGAAACGACGACAGCAACUGAGUGGUGAAUUGGGCUUGAAUGAGGCACAAAUCAAAAUAUGGUUUCAAAAUAAAAGAGCAAAAAUUAAGAAAUCGUCGGGAGUGAAGAAUCCGCUUGCAUUGCAGCUAAUGGCACAAGGUUUGUACAAUCAUUCGACCGUACCAUUGUCGAAGGAAGAAGAAGAGCUACAGGAGCUUCAAAAUGGAAAUUGAUAUGUCCUGUCAUAUAAGUAUUUGGAUAGCUUAUUUAAACUUUAUGUAUGUUUUAAGUUAUUGAGAUAUCGAUUCGUCAUAUGCAUGAUUGUAUGAGUGAAUGCGGAGCUUAUUAAAUGGCAUUAUUUUUUUAAAAUGUAUCCAGGCAGGGGUGGUAGUUAGGAACAAAGCUGGGGUUGGUUUUAUGGCUACUCGGGAAUCGCUUAAAAACCGACCCUUGAUUUGAUUUUGUACAUUGUAGAAAAUUGCACUAAAAUUCAAAUUUUGAUGGCUUAAAUAUAUUGAAAAAUUAAAAAAAAAAUAAAAGCAGUGCCACACCCCUGUAUAUCAAAGAUAAUCUUUUUUCAACGCUGCAUUAAAUUAAAAUAUAUGAAAAAAACCUUCACAGAUAAUUUUUUUUUGCAUGUUAUACUAAAUUGAGCUUGUAAUAAUGACUUUGUGUGUUAAUUUGAUCUAGCAAGAAAUAAGAAAACAAACAAACAUACAACAAGCAACAUUUAAAAAGUCUCGCAUUCAUAGAUCACAAAAAAUUGCUAUUCUUAGCAUAAACCGAACUGUUUACUGAAUAGAAAAUAUUAAUAAUAUAAAAAAAAAAUCUUAUUGCAUUUUAUUUCUUGUAAAUAAUAUACAGUUUCACGAUGUCUUUAAGACUUUUUAACGAAUGUGUUAAUUAAUUAUAUUUACUCGUAACUGAAUCUAUUGAACAAUAUUUGAACACAUAUGAGCAGACUAUCAAUUUAAAGUGAAUAUUAAUGGUUGGCAUGAGAAGAAGUUUUAUUAAUUCAAAACUAUUUGUCAGAGAUUUAAACUGAUGGUCUAAAAUUGAAUGUAAUGAUUGAUAGGGGAAACAAAUUCAUUUUUGGAAGUGAAAAAUUGAUUUGAUGACAAAUUCAAAUUGAGUGCUUAAGGUUGCGUCAAAAUAUUUAAUUGCAUCUCAAAAAUUCUUCACCUAGAUAACCUCCAUGUGUAUGUAUCUCGUACCGACUAAAUUGUAGUUUUUAUGUCACUCAGAGACUUCAGACUUUACGAUCAGACGGCAUAUUAUAAUGUUUUAACAGCUCGGACAGUUAAAACAAUUUUAAAAAUUUUAAUUAAAUACCUUGUAAGAUGCAACACUGUUGAACAAAAGGAAUGAAAUAAAGAGAUCUACAUAAUUAAAAUUUGUUUACUAAAUUAAAGUUACAAGAAUUUAUUUGUUGAUUAAUCGUCGUAGCGACACAAAAAUUCAUAUAAUCUGUCAGGCGGCAAAAAUUGUGACAAGAUGAAAUGCAAUCAUUUGAUUGUCCUCUUCAAAAAAAUAUACUUUUUCAUGAAAACUAAUACAAUUUUAUGACUCUUUUACCCUUUCGGAAAGUUUUUAAUUUAAUAUCUUCUUUUUAUUGCAAGAUUUGUGUGGAAUUUGAUAUUAUAAAAUCUGAUUUAUCUGGGGAUGUAUUUGUAGAUCAUUGUUCAAAAAUCCAACAAAAAAAAUCAAUUCAAAACCAAUUCAUUACAAUGAUACCAUUUAUUAUUACUUGAGAGCAGUGUUGUCCAAAGUUUUUUAAUUUCAUUUACAAAAAAUUUCUACGG